GGCAGGGGCCGGAAGUCCGGGAGCUCGGGGCGUCGAGAUGGAGGAGGGCGGCUACGAGUCGGUGCUCUGUGUCAAGCCGGAGGUGCACGUCUACCGCAUCCCGCCGCGGGCCACCAACCGCGGCUACAGGGCUGCGGAGUGGCAGCUGGACCAGCCGUCAUGGAGUGGCCGGCUGCGGAUUACUGCAAAGGGGCAGGUGGCCUUCAUCAAGCUGGAAGACAGGACCUCAGGGGAGCUCUUUGCCCAGGCCCCAGUGGACCAGUUUCCUGGCACAGCCGUGGAGAGCGUGACAGACUCCAGCAGGUACUUUGUGAUCCGCAUCGAAGAUGGAAACGGGCGACGGGCGUUCAUUGGAAUCGGCUUCGGGGACCGAGGAGAUGCCUUUGACUUCAAUGUGGCGUUGCAGGACCAUUUCAAGUGGGUGAAACAGCAGUGUGAAUUUGAAAAACAGGCUCAGAACCCAGACCAGAUCCCCAAGUUGGACCUGGGCUUCAAAGAGGGCCAGACCAUCAAGCUGAACAUUGCGAACAUUAAGAAGAGGGAAGGGACAGCUGGGACCCCGCGAGCCCGGCCUGCGAGCACCGGGGGACUGAGCCUGCUCCCGCCUCCCCCAGGGGGGAAGGCCUCCACCCUGGCCUCUCCCCCUGGGGAGCACGUGGCCAUGGAAGGGUCAAUCAUCCCACCAGCAGUGGCUCCUGGCUCAGGGUCAUCAGCAGGAAGUGCCACUGUUUCCUGGCCUCAGCCCAAGCCUACGGCAACGACCCCCACUGCAGACAUCUGGGGUGACUUCACCAGAUCCACCAGACCCGCUUCCAGCCAGACCCAGCCAGGCACAGGCUGGGUGCAGUUUUGACUGGGCACAGCUCCCUCUUCCUCACUCGGUUUCUGGAGAGGCACUGCCACCUCCAGCCUGAGGAAGGAAGGAGGAGCACACACUCCCCGGCCAGCCUGACUCUCGACCCACGGGGCCCAUGAGACCGUAAAUCGGCACCACGUCACUCCUUCCCGUGGGAUCCCAGUGUGUCCCCUGAGGGCAAAAGUGAAGCUCCGCCGGCAUCCCUGGCCCCGUCUGUCCUCGGGACACGAGCGAGUCCUGAGACUGCUGCUUCCGUCACGAUGACCCGGUUAAGCGCCCAGCCCGGAGAGGGACUGCAGCUUCCCAGGCACGGCCCGCUCACGUGCUCCCUGUCCAGGAGGGCUUUCUGCACUCCCGCUGGCGGUUCCGCACGUCCCGGCGCCUGAGGAGAGGUUCCUUUCUGAUCUCCAGCACCUUGAUGGGCUGCCGCCUGAGCGGAGAAGCAGGAGGGAACUGUGGAGUAUCGGCCCACUUUUAAGAACUCGUCCUUGUGUCGCUAACAUACUGAUCUGCACUCACUUGUCUUUGCAAAAGGAACCGCCCGCGCCGCUUGCCCCACGGGGCGCUCUGAAAGCACCCACAGGCCUGGGCAGGAAGCUGCCAGAAGCAGCGCUCAGCUGGGCCCAAUGGCCUGGUUUCCGUUUCCCAGGCCAGGUGUGCACUGAAGGGCCUAGACGGCUCUGUAGCCUGGUGGAAGUGCUUGGACAGGAAAAGCCAUUUCCAUGGUGGGGGGAGGGGGGCAAGGCCCUUCCUGUCCCCUGGCGGCUCUCUGAGCUCUCGGCAGUUUCCAGUGGCCUUAAUUGUCUCCUUGGUGGCUCCUGAAGUGCCUUGUCUGCAGACAACCUCUUUGUUUCUGUUUCUGGAACUGUACCUGCCAGGCAGAAGGAACUCAGAACAAACCGGAAGUCCAAGGUUGUCUGCAUUACUGGUUUGUUAGAAAUUUUAUCUGAGUGCAUCUCUGAGUUUGCUUUUAUUGACUUAUUACCUCUUAAUUGUAAGAUUACUUUUCUGAAGGAAUAAGACAGCUGAAGAAACGAGUUGACCUUUCUGUGGGACCAGAUUUCUGAUUUUAAAAAAAAUAAAAUGUUUUUACUUCUGUUGAGUAACAGAACCUGAGUGGCAUGUUGAGUUUCAACAUGUUUUUAGAUGCUCAAACCUCCAGGUGUCAGAGCUGCCCUUCGUACCUCUGGAAGAGCCCAGUCUUUGUCAUUCUAGGGGCAGCCCUGAAAGUCACUCACAUCGUUCAUUUGCUAAGGACCCUGCAGUGAAAAGGCUGUGCUAGGUGCCUGACCCCUUCUGACCCAGAGGGGCUCCUGCCUCUAACCGAAACCUCUGCCGAAGUUUCUCCCUAGAUGGUUGGGACAGAUGCUAUAGGACUAAGGCUCUUGCCUUGCCAUGUCACCAAUCCCAGUCUAGUCCCCAGCACUGUCAGGGGUUACUCCUGAGAUCACCAGAGAAUGAAAAGGGCCUUAGCACUUCCUGUGCCUUUGGGUUCUAUAAGAAGGACCCUUUUCUUGUAGUCCAGAGGAGACAAAGAUUAGCAUGGAGGAUCCCUUUUGCUGCUUUAGGGGCCCUGUCUAGAGAUUGCUCCUAGCUCUGCACUAAGGAAUUAUGCCUGGCAGUGCCCCGGGGACCACAUGGGCACCACAUGGGGUGCCAGGGAUGAACCUGGGAUUCAAGCACCUACCUGCUAUACUAUCACUCUGGCCCACAUCAAAGGAUUCUUGAGGAGUGAACCUCUUCCUUUAUUUCCCAUUACUUCCCAUCUUGUAAGUGCUUGAAGUCAGGAAAUGAAGAUCAGAUUUAGAAAAUUCUCCAAAGUGUAGUUCGGUAAUCCAAGGUAAGCCUUUUGGUUCUAGAGGUAGAUUUGGGAUUUGGAUCUCGGGUGUUUCUGGUUAGAUGUGUGACCACAGGCUCUGCUAAUAAGUCUUAGGGGAGGCAUAGAAAACCCUGUAAGUGGGGCUGGAGUGAUAGCACAGCGGGUAGGGCAUUUGCCUUACAUGCGGCUGACCCGGGUUCAAUUCCCAGCAUCCCAUAUGGUCCCCUGUGCACCACCAGGAGCAAUUCCUGAGUGCAAAUCCAGGAGUUUUGCACUCAGGAAUUGUGCAUCGCACACCUCUGUGCAUCGCCAGGUGUGACCUGAGAAGCAAAAACAAAACAAAAAAAACCCUGUAAGUUCCUAUUCCUGCAAUUUGAUCUUAAGCCUUUAUCUGGAAUCACUGUGAUGGAGUAAGCAGCACAGAUCUCACCAGAAAUAUACCUGGAGGCAUUUGAAGGAGGCACAGGACAGGAGAAUGUGCCCCAUCAUCAAGACAAGUCCCAGCUGAAAAUCAACUGUGGCAUCAGGGUCCCCCAGGAAAGCCACAUUGUAAACAAGGCUUCUCUUUAAGUAGACCCUUGACUGGAGUUUCCAAACUGGUGGGAGACGGGGUGGUUAAAAUAGCAGAUGAGGGGCUGGAGCAAUAGAGCAGGUAGGGUGGUUGUCCUGCAUGUGAUCCACCUGGGCUCGAUCCCUGGUAUCCCAUACGGUCCCCCAACCCUGCCAGGAGUCAGCCCUGUGCUCUGCCAGAUGUGGCCCCAAAACCAAGAAUAA